AUGAGACGUGACCUGCACUCUAUAGCAGGUGCCAAAACGCAGAUCAAAGGGAGGUUGUCAGGCCUGGAGAAGGCUGAUGACAGAAACAAAGCCACACUUUCUCAGGUAAACUCUGCCAUAGAAUCGCUCAGACAAGAUAACGAGAUCAUUUCCCGGAGCCAAAAUACUAACCAGCCAAUGGAUUUAGAUGCAAUUGUCGUUGGGGUUCACCAAGCAGAGAGCAAUAACAUGAUCAAACACAUGAAAAAGAUAUGUGCCGAAUACCUGGAGAUUGAAAAGGAAAAAAUCAGUGCCAACUUUGAAAAAGUUAGUAACAAGAUAUCAGUUAUGGCAACGGCGGGCCAAAGAAACGAUAUCAACCUCUCUGAGACAAAUUCUAGCAUUGCCUCUCUCCUCAAUGAAGUCAAAACCCUACAAAACCAACAAGCCAACCUGGAAGACAGUCUGACCGCCUUUCGAGAUGAGCUUGCCAAGAAGUCCGAGUAUCCAGAGCUCCAGGCGGUGACUCAUGACAUGGUCUACAUGAAAAACAAAGUUGUUGAGCUUUCAAAAUCAUUUCUAGGAAAGGAAAAUACUUGCCUAGCUUCAACUUGCCCUACCCAUUCCCUCCAAAACCAUCCCAACUCAUUGGCAGAAGCAAAAUCUAAAGCCUCCGACCAAUUUUCACUCAAUCAAUUUGAUUCUAUUGAGUUUGAUCGAUUGGAUUCAAUUGAUGUUGAUCAACCCAGCUCAUUUGGCCUCCAACCUGAAAGAACUGAACACAGCUGA